AUACCACUUGUUACGCUUAUAUAACUACAAGUAUAAUGCUUAUCGACUGAUCUCAGGCGCUGAGAGCGAUCUAACUUUAUGUCUUCAAGAUUCAAGUUGAGGUAAGCAGUUGGUAGAUUAAAACCUUUCAUGUAUAUUAAAAACAGUUUAGGAUGAUGGUAUAUUUUAGAUUUGGUGAUUCAAUAUAUCUUUUAAAGAUUUAUUCUAUCACAUAAAGAUACAAAAAUUUCUCCCUCUCUCUCUCUCUCUCUCUGUACCCCUUUCCCUCUCUCUCUCUCUCUCUCUGCUCCCUCUCUCUCUCUACUCCCUCUCUCUCUCUCACUCCCUCUUUCUCUCUACUCCCUCUCUCUCUCUACUCCCUCUCUUUCUCUCUCGUGUUCUCUCUUUCUCUCUUUCCCUCUAUCUCUCUUUCUAUCCGUCUUACUCUGUCUCUACAUUAAAGAGAAUAUAUUUGAUUAAUUCUAUACAAUCAUUUAAUUUCGGUUAAUAUUGUUUUAUCUCUGUUACAUAUGUUUAUAUAUAUAUAUAUAUAAAAAAUUAUGUCAGAGGGAUAAAAUAUUUUUUAAUUAUGUAAAAGAAAAUAAUUUUCCUAUAAAAUUAUGUAUUAUAAAACCAAAAACACAAUGACGUAAAAAUGUUUUAACUAUUGUACACAAGAAUUCAGGUACCUCAGAUGUUGUAUGAUAAAUUCACAUUAAAUGUGUUACUGUCAAGAACAAGGCAGUGUUCUAUAUAAUCCAAUUUUACUUAUUUUAUUCUAUUAGCCAAUGUUCUAUAUAGAGACCGAUCGAAAUUUGGCUUCGGUUUCGGUUUCGGCGCCGAAAGUGACCUUAGCCACUUUCGGCACAAUUUCAUUUUCAACCGAAAAUGAAGAGUUAACUUUCGUUUUAAUUUCAGUUUCGGCCAAAAUUGACUGCGACUUUCGACCAUGCGGCCAGAAGUGGCUGAGGUUUUCGGUCAUCUAUCAGAAAUCAGACGGUCUGUCUGUCUCUAGGCCGACAAUCAGAUAUGCAUUUGUGCUCUACGUCUUUUUGUCAUUGUAUGUUAAAUGAUUAAUACUCAGCAAAAGCCGCCCACAGCUGCAUGAUGACAUACUUGUCUUAUAUUUGCAUAAAAUUACAUAUUAAUUAGGCCUAGACAAAUAUAACAGUUUUGUGGAAGAAGAACAACUAAGGAAAUGGUAAUAUUUAUAUAAUUAUUUUUGUUUUAAUUUGUGGCGAAAAGACGUAAAAGUGGGCGAAAAGACCUACAAACUGGCGAAUGGACCACAAAUGUUAGGUGAAUAGACCUCAAAAAAAAAACAAACUGGCAAAUAAAACACUAAGUGUGGAAAAUUGUCGUCUGCAUCUUAGUCACAUAAAAGUUUGAAGUUUUUAAAUAACAUCUAGAAUGAACCUCUUAAAUGUGGGAAAUGAAUGUCUAAAAUGGGCAAAAUUUACCUUUCAAAGGCUACAUUCUUAAAUGCUACAUUAACAGUGUAAAUAGUUUACCUUUUUGAAGCUUAUAAGUAAAAUAUAUGACAUAGUAAAACACAUAAGAUACAGGGGAAUUAACAUUAGAAAUUGAUUUUGUUUUUCAGUAAAGAUGAAUGCCUUGAAUAUAUUGUAUUCAAAUAGCUAAUACAUUUUGUAUAAAUCAUGUGAUGUACAUAUUUAAAAAAAGAUGUACAAUUGAACGGCCCACUUCAUGUGUAACUGCAACAAUGAACACGCCAGUUCCAGACGAGGAGGUGUCGCAAAGUCACGGUUAGAAAAUUCUGCAUUCAUUUAGAUUUUAUAAUGGAUCAUGAGUUGGUUUGAUCGCAUUAUCUUUGGAAAUAACCCAAGCAGGCUUUUUGUUUCAUUCAUGUUAAAUCCUGCACAGCGAUUGAUUUAUAACUGUGUCUUCCUUAGUUUACGAUGUGUAUUUUGGCGUCUGACACACUCUUAGUGUAACGCUUUUGUCCCAGGUGCAAGCAUAAUCGAUCACGAAAUUAUAUAUCUGCCAUUUACAUGUAUGUGCACAUAAAUGUAUUUAGGUGCAAAUGUUUGCAAACCUGUUCCAUAAUGAAUAAUUAAGACCCGCUAAAAUAUAAUGAGUCAACUCACACUCUUAUUACAACGUAGUUAAGUUAUUAUUGCUCAUUCUUGAUAAUGUUAACAUAUUAUAUAUCAGCAUAAACUCACAUCACAAGGUAGUUAAUUUUAGGAUGGUUCAUUAUGGUUUAUCUUUUAAUAAGGUUUAAACCAACCUCCCAUCUCAAAGUAGUUAAUAAAUGGAUGGCCCCUUAGGACUAGCGUUAAAAGGUAUCAUAUCGGAUAAUAUACGACCUACGAUUACUUAAGUAUAAAAUUGAGCUGGAAACAGAAAUCCUUAUUUUGGAAUUUCGUGGGUCGGUUCGGCCGUUAGCAUGGCUCAGUACGAUUUUAAUCGUCAGCUGUAUUUGGGCCAUUGUAAUAUUGCCUAGCUUGUGAUUGACUUAUGCUAUUUUAACAUUCGCCAUAUGGGGUCAUCGAUACAUUACCUACGUUUUAAAGCUAUGUCGUGUUACCUUAUAAUAUUUUAACGCUAGUCCUAAGGGGCCAUCCAUGUAUUAACUACUUUGAGAUGGGCCGUUGGUUUGACUCAUGAUAUUGCAAUUUGCAAUGUGCAGAAUAUGAAUUACUUUAUGGUAUGUGUCUUUAUCUUAUUUCACAUCUCACAACAUGUCUACAACGUAUUCAACUUAAUCGAAAAUCUAAAUUAUAAACAUACACCAGAAUCUGAAAUACAUUUGUGGUGUGGUUUUCAAGAUUUUAAAAAGAUAUUAAGAAUAUUUUAAGCAUUGAUAAUAUAUUAUGUUACUAGAUAACGUUUCUACAGCGGAAAGACGCUUUGAGUGCAUGUUUACAGUAUGAAUUAUUAAAUUACUUUUUGUAAUACCAGAGGUGUAUGUACUGACAUUCAAAAAGUUGUAACCACUUUAAACGUUGGAUUAGUAAAAUUAAAAGUAUGUAAAAAGUCAUGAUCAGCCAAUUCAUUUUACAUAAUUAUAACUAAAUCAAGACUGUGUUUCAAUUUCUUGGUAGAUUAAAUUAACUAUUAUUUCUGAGUUGAUUUUAAAAAGAAAUAGCAGCAUAAUUUAUAAUAUUUGUGUAAUUCAUAAUCAAAGUCAUAAAGAAUUUUUUAACACAAUUAAAUAUCUAUAUAGAAGCAUCUUUUAUUCAUUUUAGAUGUAAACACAUUUUAACUUGCAAUUCGUUACAUCUUAUUUAUGCUUAUGAUCGUUUGUUUUGAUUAAUUAAAAUGUAAAAAAGUGAAAAAAAAAUUAUUCUACCAAAAUGUUACUUAGUGCAGUAAAAAAUGAAUGCAUAUUGUUGAAAAAAGAACGAAUGAUGCAUGAGAAAUUUUGUGAAACGCAGUGUCAAAAAAAAAAAAAAAAAUAAUCGAAUUUUUUUUUUAAAGGUAAAAAUAAAACAAAAAUGUGUUGUUAUUUAGGCAUUUCUUUUGCAUUUUUUUUAAAAAAAGGGAAAAAAAAAUUAUUCUACCAAAAUGUUACUUAGUGAAGUAAAAAAUGAAUGCAUAUUGUUGAAAAAAGAACGAAUGAUGCAUGAGAAAUUUUGUGAAACGCAGUGUCAAAAAAAAAAAAAAAAAUACUCGAAUUUCUUUUUUAAAGGUAACAGUCAAACAUCAAUGUGUUGUUAUGUAGGCAUUUCUUUUGCAUCUGUUUUAUAAACUCUGGUUAACUUCCCAGAAGUGAGUCUUUGAAAUACAACGGGAUCCAACUUCGCAGUGAUAAAUGUUUACUUUAUGUAACAAAUUUGAACACUUUUUAAUCAGUUACGUGAAAGCGUAACAAUUAAUGGGUUGGUGCUAGACUUAGGAAAAUUAAUUAUGCAUAUCAAUUAAAUAUUUAUAAGAGUAAAUUUGAGAUUGAGGAUCGAAAAAUACUACUCACUGAAGUCAUUCCUUUUGUAUUGUUACAAGAGACAUAAUUCUAAACUACAUACAUAAAAAGAGAGAACAAAUGUUAUGAUUUUAAAGGGUGCUUAUAAGUUAGAGCGUUUUGGUGGCUGAAUUAAAUAUUAGCCUACUCCUGUCAACAGGUAUUUAUAUAAACCAAGUAAUAUGACCCUUUACAUGAGAGUUUCUACGUAUUACUACUAUGGGAAGCUAUAUAUAUAUAUCAUUCCGAUGAAAUAUGGAGUUAAAAUUUAAAUAAGGUAACGAGCACGUCCCUUGUCUGCCCACACAGGACGCGCCACGUAGUUGUGUUCCCAGGUUAACAUAAUCUUAUACUAAUUAUACAUUACUAAACAUAUAGAAAUGCAAUGUUUAAAUGUUAAUUUAGUUCAUGGCGAUGCUGCCCAACAUGGAAUCUACUCUUCAAAAUGCUUGUUAAUGAUCUCUGGAGAUUUUUCGGUUGUGAUAUCAUACACCGCUGCACUGGCUCUGCACAUAAAGGGGGCAUAUCGCGGCACACAUGUCUAAGGCAUGAACGGUGUUUCGUCAUUCACAUUAUUUAUUUACGCAUGCUAAGCCUAGACAUUCUUAUAUUACACGACUCGGUUGGUUGGGUAUUUAUUAUAUACAUGUCUGAAGCGUUGAAGAAAGACUUAGUGUUAAUGAAGGGCCUUUGUCAACCUAAAUCUAUGCACUGAUAGGACUUUGUAUUUAAGCCUCUUAAGUGCUUAAAUUUCCUCUAGCACAAGUCUAAAAGCAUAUUGUUCUGUGCGUCUGUAAUGUCGUAUGAGGGCUGAGGAGUGUGUGAUCUGCUUCUGGCGAUCGCCCUCAUUCUUUCUUUAAAAUUAAUAAUUUUUUUUUGCAAAAACAUUGAACUUUUUUCUUCUUUUGUUAUUUCUUCUUUGCUUCUUUUUUUAAGAAUUUUUUGAUAUGGAAGGUUGGCACUGACCCUAGCAACCAAAGUCUAUUGCGAUGUAAUGAAUUGUAGCGCGAAGUAAAUGUUCGCCUUUAUGAAGCUUCUUACAUUAUGCAUAAUGUAUGCAAGUGUAAUCUUUUUACGUUAUCGCUCUGUUAAGUUCCAUGCUUGAAUACGUAAAGCACCUGCAAGAUCAAAUGGCUGAAAAGAAGUGUCAAGUUUCGUAAGCACCUGUCCCAAAACAUAAUUACAUAUUCAAAAUCGAUUUACAUAAUCGAUAUAAAUUAUUUUAGAAGUUAUUUUUAAAAUAAAUUUGAUUGGUAUAAUUUUAUUUUUUCUAAAUUUACUUCGAUAUUCCAAUCCUUUCGGUAUAUUUAUAUUUUUGUACAAGGAAACUUAUGUUUGAACUAAUAUGUUGGAAAGCUUAUCAGUGAUAGUAAAAUACUGUAAAGUUUCUUAUCACUAAUUUUUAUUACUAAAAAAAAAGUGGCACAUGUAAACACUUAUUUCAUAAUGAAAAUCUUUUGAAGGUUUAAUAACAUCCUAAAUAAUCACUGCGUUUAACAAAUGGACACAAAUUACAUGUUAUUAUUCCUAGCAAAUGCAUUUAAGCACAUGUUGUUUAACGCUUAAAUGUGCUUCCGAUGUUGCUGUUUUCUUUUUACAAACGAACAUUUAAAUGAGAAAUAUAUAUUUUUUUUAAAAAUAUCACUUAGUUUUUUUAUAACGAGAUUGGCGUAAACCACAUGUAUCUCUUAAGACUAUUUACUUCUUCUUUCUGCCAUGUUCACCUACACUACUUAAUAUCAAAUAACAGAUCGUUGAGCGUAUUUUAAGUGAACAUUUUCCCGACCAAUAUUCCAACGCUUAAUACCUAUUCAAAAAAAAGUAAAUAAAAAAAAAAGUAUAUAAAUAAACAUACCCCCCCCCUUUGGAACAAUCGUAAUGUCUAAAUGGUCACCUUAUACAUGAACAUAACCUCCUUCCGAAAAUUUUGAUAAUGUCUAAAUGGUCCCCUUAUACAUGAACAUAGCCUCCUUCUGAAAAGUUUGAUAAUGUCUAAAUGGUCCCCUUAUACAUGAACAUAGCCUCCUUCUGAAAAUUUUGAUAAUGUCCAAAUGUUCCCCUUAUACAUUAACAUAACCUCCCUCAAAAAUGUUGAUAAUGUCUAAAUGGUCCCCUUAUACAUUAACAUAACCUCCCACAAACAUGUUGAUAACGUCUAAAUGGUCCCCUUAUACAUUAACAUAACCUCCCUCAAACAUGUUGAUAAUGUCUAAAUGGUCCCCUUAUACAUUAACAUAACCUCCCACAAAAAUGUUGAUAAUGUCUAAAUGGUCCACUUAUAUAUUAACAUAACAUCCCUCUGAACAUGUUGAUAAUGUCUAAAUGGUCCCGUUAAACAUUAACAUAACCUCCCACAAAAAUGUUGAUAAUGUCUAAAUGGUCCACUUAUAGAUUAACAUAACAUCCCUCUGAACAUGUUGAUAAUGUCUAAAUGGUCCCCUUAUACAUUACAUAACCUCCCCCUGAACAUGUUGAUAAUGUCUAAAUGGUCCCCUUAUACAUGAACAUAACCUCCCUCUGAACAUGGUUAUAAUGUCUAAAUGUUUCCCUUAUACAUGAACAUAACCUCCCUCUGAACAUGUUGAUAAUGUCUAAAUGGUCCCCUUAUACAUUAACAUAACCUCCCACAAACAUGUUGAUAAUGUCUAAAUGGUCCCCUUAUACAUUAACAUAACCUCCCUCUGAACAUGUUGAUAAUGUCUAAAUGGUCCCCUUAUACAUUAACAUAACCUCCCUCUGAACAUGUUGAUAAUUUCUAAAUGGUCCCCUUAUACAUUAACAUAACCUCCCACAAACAUGUUGAUAAUGUCUAAAUGGUCCCCUUAUACAUUAACAUAACCUCCCACAAACAUGCUGAUAAUGUCUAAAUGGUCCCCUUAUACAUUAACAUAACCUCCCACAAACAUGUUGAUAAUGCCUAAAUGGUCCCCUUAUACAUGAACAUAACCUCCCCCUGAACAUGUUGAUAAUGUCUAAAUGGUCCCCUUAUACAUGAACAUAACCUCCCUCUGAACAUGUUGAUAAUGUCUAAAUGGUCCCCUUAUACAUGAACAUAACCUCCCUCUGAACAUGUUGAUAAUGUCUAAAUGGUCCCCUUAUACAUUAAAGUAACCUCCCACAAAUAUGUUGAUAAUGUCUAAAUAGUCCACUUAUACAUUAACAUAACAUCCCUCUGAACAUGUUGAUAAUGUCUAAAUGGUCCCCUUAUACAUGAACAUAACCUCCCUCUGAACAUGUUGAUAAUGUCUAAAUGGUCCCCUUAUACAUUAACAUAACCUCCCUCGUAACAUGUUGAUAAUGUCUAAAUGGUCCCCUUAUACAUUAACAUAACCUCCCUCUGAACAUGUUGAUAAUGUCUAAAUGGUCCCCUUAUACAUGAACAUAACCUCCCUCUGAACAUGUUGAUAAUGUCUAAAUGGUCCCCUUAUACAUGAACAUAACCUCCCUCUGAACAUGUUGAUAAUGUCUAAAUGGUCCCCUUAUACAUGAACAUAACCUCCCUCUGAACAUGUUGAUAAUGUCUAAAUGGUCCCCUUAUACAUGAACAUAACCUCCCUCUGAACAUGUUGAUAAUGUCUAAAUGGUCCCCUUAUACAUGAACAUAACCUCCCUCUGAACAUGUUGAUAAUGUCUAAAUGGUCCCCUUAUACAUGAACAUAACCUCCCUCUGAACAUGUUGAUAAUGUCUAAAUGGUCCCCUUAUACAUGAACAUAACCUCCCUCUGAACAUGUUGAUAAUGUCUAAAUGGUCCCCUUAUACAUGAACAUAACCUCCCUCUGAACAUGUUGAUAAUGUCUAAAUGGUCCCCUUAUACAUGAACAUAACCUCCCUCUGAACAUGUUGAUAAUGUCUAAAUGGUCCCCUUAUACAUGAACAUAACCUCCCUCUGAACAUGUUGAUAAUGUCUAAAUGGUCCCCUUAUACAUGAACAUAACCUCCCUCUGAACAUGUUGAUAAUGUCUAAAUGGUCCCCUUAUACAUGAACAUAACCUCCCUCUGAACAUGUUGAUAAUGUCUAAAUGGUCCCCUUAUACAUGAACAUAACCUCCCUCUGAACAUGUUGAUAAUGUCUAAAUGGUCCCCUUAUACAUGAACAUAACCUCCCUCUGAACAUGUUGAUAAUGUCUAAAUGGUCCCCUUAUACAUGAACAUAACCUCCCUCUGAACAUGUUGAUAAUGUCUAAAUGGUCCCCUUAUACAUGAACAUAACCUCCCUCUGAACAUGUUGAUAAUGUCUAAAUGUUCCGCUUAUACAUUAACAUAACCUCCCACAAACAUGUUGAUAAUGUCUAAAUGGUCCCCUUAUACAUUAACAUAACCUCCCUCUGAACAUGUUGAUAAUUUCUAAAUGGUCCCCUUAUACAUUAAUAUAACCUCCCUCUGAACAUGUUGAUAAUGUCUAAAUGGUCCCCUUAUACAUGAACAUAACCUCCCCCUGAACAUGUUGAUAAUGUCUAAAUGGUCCCCUUAUACAUUAACAUAACCUCCCACAAACAUGUUGAUAAUGUCUAAAUGGUCCCCUUAUACAUGAACAUAACCUCCCCCUGAACAUGUUGAUAAUGUCUAAAUGGUCCCCUUAUACAUGAACAUAAAUUCCCUCUGAACAUGUUGAUAAUGUCUAAAUGUUCCCCUUAUACAUUAACAUAACCUCCCUCUGAACAUGUUGAUAAUGUCUAAAUGUUCCCCUUAUACAUUAACAUAACCUCCCUCUGAACAUGUUGAUAAUGUCCAAAUAGCCCUCUUAUGAUUGAAUACAAAAUCCCUCUUACAAUGGUAAUGUCUGAAUAGCCAGAGCACAAAAGCUUUUUUUAAGCUUUAAUAAUAGACAUCUUUUUUGAACAGUGGUGGAAUAAUUUCAUUAAAAAAUAACUGUCUUGCUCUUGUCGACAAGACAAGUACACACUGUUUUCAUAGACAACGUUCAGUUAACUAAAAACUAUUGAUCGCUUAAUGCACUUGCAAAGCUUUUUAAAAAGACGAUCUAUUGUUACAGAUCUCAGACAUGCAUUGCGAGCAAAGGCCACUUAUACAACAUUAAAUUCAACACAUAGGUAAUCAAUCAGUGUAUUUAAGCUGUCGGUGCAUUUUGAACACAUCUUCUGCCUGAAGUACAUUUCAGGUUAAUUGAAAAAAUGUUAAUUUAAAUCGUAUAGUAAGCUCCUUUAAAGCACCUAUUAUUUUCUUCUUCGCUCUCUCUCUAUCUCUCUCUUGCUCUAUAUCGCUACCUACCAUUCCCUUUUACUUCUCUUCUGUCUCUAUUUAUUUCUUUCCCCUUUUUCUCUCUCUAUUUUUCUACCCCAUGCUCCCUCUUUCCCUCUCUCUGCUUAUUUAAACUCUCACUCAUUUUCCUUCUGCCACACUUCGAUUGCUGCCCACAGAUACUACUUACCAGCUAAGUGCUAUUUCUUAUUUUUAUAACGUUUUUUCUGUUGUUUUGUUCGCUGACGAAGGCUUUCUGCCGACACGUUCGCUGUUUUGUUGCGUUUAAUUUUUCAGGUUUAACCAUACUCUGUUUUNCCUUGGGCAAAGCAAACUCUCAUAUUAAUCCCCCCCCCUCCCCCCAAACUGAGCAUUAAGGAAAUAAAAAAAAAAUCAUCUUCGGUAUUUUAAUGCCCUUACUUAGGCAAAGAUUUUUUUUUGUUUUUUGCAUUUCACAUGCUUUGUUCUUAUUUGGAUGAGUGAUAAGUGCAUUAGUGAAUGCCAUUUGGAUAUGGAGUUUCACUGCACUGAUUGCAUUUAACGGUAUUUUCGUAUGAAAAGUAUAUAACAUGGUAUAUUUUCAGUACUUUAUAAAUUUCAUAAAAGUAAUUUUUUGAAAAAAAAAAAAAGUAAAACCUAAUUAAUUUUAAAAAAAAAAAAAAAACUUACAAAUUGUUUUUUUAACAAUUUAAAAAACAAUCAAUUAUAUUAUUAAUUUUAUUUUUUAGAAGGAGAAAAUACAUUAUCAGAUAAUGGAUCUUUUUGUGUAUGUGAUCGAUAUAUCCUUGGACAUAAGCCAUGCAGGUUUUUUUUGUUCCUGUCAUGUUAAAUCAUGUAUGGCCAUUGAUUAGUGUGCGCUUAUUAGAAUAUGAAUAAUCUCUUUAUUGCCCUAGGUUACGAACAGUGUUUUGACGUCUGAUAGACUCUCUGUGUAGCCCUUUUUUGUCCAAGGUACAAGCAUAAUCUCUCACGAAAUUAUGUAUCUGGCAGCUCAGAAAAUAUGUGCUCUUAUUUUAGAAAUACAUUUAACAUUUCAAAACACGUUUCUUUCCCUCAGGCAACCUAAAAAUAAAACAUAUUAUUGCGUGAAAAGAUAUCACUUAAUUAAUAGGCAGGCAUUUUAGCUCAGACAGUUGUGAUUAAUAUCUCCGAAAUUCAAAGUUUAAUUUAAACGAUGAUUCGUCGUCUUUUUUUAUCAAUACGACAUCAAUGUUUUGUUAAUUUUCUUUUUUCUUCUUUUUUUAUAAUUUAAUUUUUUUUUUUUUAAAUGUGUCUCUUGGAAAGCAAAGUCAAAAAUUAAAAAGUUACUGUUCAUAUUCGUACGAAUAUGCAUUACUAAAAAAAUUAAUAUUAUCGGAAUUUGGCUAUACUUAUUUCAUGUAGAAGACAUUAAACCAUUAUGAACAUAAUAAAAUACCAUUUCGUUUCACAAUAUGGCAACAAAGUGCAGAUUAAAACUCCUGUCAUAUACAUUAUAAAAAUAAAUCUAUAUAUAUAAUUCGCAAGCAAAGGUCAAACACCACAACCGCCAUGCAAGUUAUAUAUAGAUAAUGAGUUCACUAGCGCGCAAAAUAUAAUUCCUGAUAACUACGCUAAAUGUGCAGUGACGUCUCAUAGGAAGGGGGUUGUAGGAAAAAUUGGAAUUCAUAAAUGUGCUAUACUUGAGUUCAUGUUUUGUCAAGUAACUUUAGUUGAUGGGAAGUUCACACAUUGCCGUCGCCUAUGUUUUGCAGGCUAGUAUACUAUAUUAUUUAUCCUUUUACAAUUCCACUCUUUCUUUAAAAACUAACGAUCAUUAAUAAAUGUAAUACAUACAUUUGUUGUUUUUUUUAAAAAGAAUCUAGUAUUUGUAACUAACUGAGGAGAUACUCAUUUAUAAUGUUACAGUAUGUACUGAAUUAUAACUAUUACCCUCUCUUAUCUGGAUGGAGCUAACGCCCUUUUAUGGCCCGUACAUUUCUUUCGAAACUAGCCGAUAUUUGCUAGUGGUCGGCAUAGAGUAUUCUUUCAAAGUGAACUUCUGGAGCGUUCCCAAAAGCCCGCCAGGCGUUAGUAUCGGGCAAUCGGCUAGUAAAUUCACUACUGUGUCCAGGAACCUCCCAAAGAGACGAAGAUCUCGGGUGUCAAAGUCUAUGUAUCCUAUUGAAGUAGCCUCCAGAAAGACGGCGUUCUGAUCUCAUUUGUGAGCUUAGACUAUGGUGACUUCGUUUUAAUGUCAACCCUUGGUUUUUGUUUUUCUUCUUUGCGUGCGACAUGUGCCAUUAAUACUUCGGAGCCCUCUUUCCAUUUAAACAUUCGUCUUGAUCAACUUCUUAUGAAAGUAGUAUUUUCUUCAUGAUUCGACACCGUCUUUGGGUUGUUUUGUUGUGUCUGGGUGGACUCUAGACUGCCUAGAAAUUUCGCUCGUUCAUUUUGUGGUAACCCGCGUGUACAUGAAUUUAUUGUAAGACCCUUCGGACUCGGUGUGACUUUAAGUUUCGUGUUUCAUACAGCGUUUUCCCUUCCAAUGGUGACUUUUUGUCAAGUUCUUGGACCGCGCAAAUAAAGGAGGCUCUUAUUUCAUGUUUAUACAGUUGGGCUUAUCGUCUAGUUUCACCUUUAUCUUGUUUUCUUCUUUAUACUUCUUUAUUCUCUUUGUCUACUCUACAUAAACGUUCGCAAUGUAUUUAAUUGCAUAUUUUUGGGGAAAUGUGUCCAAAAGGAUCUUUGGAACCAUUAAAAAUAUUAAAAGUUAACAGCAACUUCUGUCAGAAAGUAUGUAAUAUCUGGAUAGUACCUUAUGACGAAGGUACUAUCUAGAUGGUCCCUUAUGACGAAGGUAAUAUAUGGAUGGUCCCUUAUGACAAAGGUAAUGUUAAGGUCUCUUAUGACGAAGUUAAUGUUAUGGUCCCUAAUGACGAAGGUAAUAUCUGGAUCGCCCCGGAUGUCGAAGGUAAUAUCUGGAUGGUCCAUUAUGACGAAGGUAAUAUCUGGAUGGCCCUGGAUGACGCAUGUGUUAUAUUAAUGUCCCUUACUACGUAGAUAAUAUUUGUAUGGCUCCUUAUGACUUAUUUAACAUGUUGAUGGCCCCUAAUAUUGUAGUUAAUAUAUUGAUGGCCCUUGUGACGUAAGUAAUAUAUGGAUGUCCCAUAAUGACGUACGUAUUAUAUGGAUGGCAGAUUUACGACUAAUUUUAAAUGUAAUAAGCCAAAACACGCGCCACAUUACAGCGUAGUUGAAAUAGUAUGGCCCAUUAUGGCUAAUGUUAAAAUAGUAUGGCCCAUUAUGGCUAAUGUUAAAAUAGUAUGGCCCAUUAUGGCUAAUGUUAAAAUAGUAUGGCCCAUUAUGGCUAAUGUUAAAAUAGUAUGGCCCAUUAUGGCUAAUGUUAAAAUAGUAUGGCCCAUUAUGGCUAAUGUUAAAAUAGUAUGGCCCAUUAUGGCUAAUGUUAAAAUAGUAUGGCCCAUUAUGGCUAAUGUUAAAAUAGUAUGGCCCAUUAUGGCUAAUGUUAAAAUAGUAUAGAUCUCACUUAACAACGUAGGUAAUCUAUGAAAAUUCCCCAUUUACAAGUGUUAAAAUAUCAAAAGAGAACUCAACCUCCGACCUCUAGGACGGUAAUUUUGGAAUGGCCCCUUGUUGCUAAUGUUGAAAAAUCUGUUGUGUCGAGUAUAUAAAUGUCAAAGCGACCUUAUCGUCAGUUGAGCGCAGGCAAGUGUAACAAAAUUAUAACAUAACUUGUUUAAGUGGUCGGCAGUAACGGAAAGACAAACCUGUUUUACAACUCUGAUCGAGACGUCCAUGCAUUGUUUCAUCGACCAGACUGCCAUGUCCUAAAAAUAAAAUAUCAUUGAAUACAACGUGUUACGCGUCUAUAAAUACAUGAACAAUCCUAAGGGCCUGAUCACAGGCUUUGAGUUAGUCACUGUCUUAUAACUCAAAGAUUCAAGUCAAGGUAAGCAGCAUAAACAGUUACGCGGAGAGUGGAAUUGUGUAUGUAUUUGUAGCAAGAUGUUGUUGGUAAACAUUAUUUCUUACAAAUCUAAGUAUAAAACAAAAUAUCUGGCCUUUUCCUGGAGUCUCUUCAAGUAAAGGAUCUCACACACUUAACCACUAACCUGUGUCUUUAUAAGUUAGUAUCCAUCGGCAGUUUAUUUUUAAUAUAUGUAUAUAUAUUAUAUAUAUAUAUAUAUAUAUUUUAUAUAUAUAUAUAUAUAUAAUUAUUUUAUAAAUAUACUUUUAAAAACAAAUUAUUUACAAUUGUUUGAUAAAUUUACUGUCAUGUAUUUCCUAUGCUAGCCUUUCCAGUAAAAAACCUUAGAAUAAAUUUCUCAAUGAUAAAAUUUAAACAUAACUGAAUCAGAGGAAUACCAAAAAAAAAAAAAAAAAAAAAAAAAAUAAAAAAAAAAAAAAAAAAAAAAAAAAAAAAAAAAAAAAAAAAAUUUAAACAAAACUGAAUAAGAGGAAAACAAAAAAAAAAAAAAAAAAAAACGCAUUGAAAAUAAAAAAAACUAGGAUAAAAUAUAUUGGCUGAUAGCUACGUCCUAAUCUUAAUUUCAGUGUUGAACCAUCGUAGCAAAUAAACACGCAUAACCAAAUAAAUUGCACUAAAUUAAAAGGUGUUCGUCAAUUACUUCAAGCGUUACCAACCGAAUAACAGACGAAAGAACUACCAUGAUCUAAUCUAGAUGUAGGUUUGUUACAUUACAAAUAGGUUGUCAAACUGCUUUUUAGAAGUUUAUUUUCAAUCAAUAAAAUUGGCAACUAUAAAGUUUUCAAUCUAAAGUUUGCAAUAUAUGCCAUGUAAAAUGAAACUAAAACAUAAAUAUUGAAUUCUAGCAUACAAUGUUUAACACUCCCUCAUAUCCAAGUCUGAACAACUCAAAACGUUAGGCUGGUAGUUAAAAGUGUAUGAAAAACUUGAGCUGGUCAAACGCUAAUACGACAGACUGGGGUGGUAGCGGUGGGGAGGGGGGGAGGGGCUAAUAAAAAUAUAAGAAGAAUAAAUAAUAUUUAGCUAAUAAUUUGUGGAUCGCGAAGUUUGUGCCGGCUGGCCGCAAAAGGGGUGCCUGCGGCUGCAUGCGUCCCAUGGCCGUAUGUUAAGUAGGACUGGUCAUAUCAACUCAAACAUGAAUUAAACCUUAUAAACAAUUUGAAGGUUUCAUUUCGAGUUAAUUUUAAUUUUGUCAAGGACAUUAAUAAGAUAAUGUGCUUUAAAAACGGCAAAUUCUACCUAUUUAAGAUGGAAAAUAGUCAUCUAAUAUGUGGCAAAAAUGUCCUCUGUGUAACGAAUUGACCUCUAAUUUGUAAGGAAAACAAAAUAAAAAUGGGCUGGGAUAGACCUAAAAACUAUGGUGAGUGGAGAACUAAUGUGUUUUGAAUAGAUUUUAAAACAGUUGCAAAUAAAACUCUAAGUGUGGAAUACUUUAUUUCUGUCUAUUCACCCGUUCGACAGCUCCGCAGACACGCGUAUUCUGACCGUUCCCAAGACACAUAAUAAAAAAAAUAUGGAGAACGAUCUUUCUCUUUCUGCGCCCCCAAACAAUGACAUUAUUUGCCACUAAACAUACGCAAUAUACCGACCACCCAUGCCUUCAAAACUGCAGUCAAAACACAUCUUUUUAAACUAUACUACCCUUAGUGAUUCCCCUCCUCUGACCGAUAAACGAUCUUGCUGGCUGCCGUCCAUGGUUUGCCUUGUAAAAUUGAUGUGGUGGGGUGGGUGAAUAUACAUUGCUGUUAUUUAUUUCAUAAAUGUAUUUUACUUUAAUGUCAUGACUAUGUCUCUUUUGAUAAAAUUUGUAUGUACAGUAAGGUGAGCUCAGCCCUAGGCUGGGGUACCGCGCUAGAUAAGACGUCUUAUUAUUAUUAUUAUUAUUAAUAUGGACAUCUGCAACUAAGUCACAUAAAAGUUGUUGUUUUUCAAAUGACCUCUGGAAGGGAACACUGAAGUUCAAAAUGGUUCAAAUUGACCCUCAGAGUGUUCUUAAAUGCUACGUUAACAGUAUAAUCUUAUACAUCAUUGACGUUUAUAAAUAAAUAGCUGCCUCAGUAAAACACAUAACGUACAACUAUGCAUUCUAUUUCUUGUGUAGCCUCGUGGUGGCUAGGCUUACAGUUUAAAUACAAAAACAAAUGCAAUGCAUGCACGUAUAAAAAAAUAGAGAUGUUUAAUUAUGUGGCAAAAAAAUUUUCAAGAAAAAAAUACUUUCUGAAGUAAGUUUUUUUUGUAUAUUACUAAAAGAAAUGGAGCUUAAAGAAGAACAACAGAGUUUCCACCAAAAAAUGUGGUCUACAAAGAAUAUUUCACCCAAUUAUUAAACUUCACAGGAGCCGUUGUUUUAUUAUUAUGUGUCAAUAGAAUGACCUCGAUACGUCUUAUGGUCUAAUUCAUCGUUGUAAUCUACAUCAAAAAAGAUCUUUUGAUCACUGAACCAUUUUAAAAAUGUCUUUUUAUGCCAUAAUAAACGAACUAAUCCAAUUAUACUGUAUAAAAGUCUAACGAUGUCGAAACUUUCCAAAAAUAUUUUAUUAAGUGUCUGCUCAGUUUUAAUGUCCACAAAUUCGUGUCAAGCGACAGAGACACUUUUGAUAAUCCUGGAUGAGGAAAACAAUCUACAAACGUCUGUGGUGUCACUAAAUAAACUGCAGAGUGCUACAUAUCUAGGGCAGUUAAAAAAAAAUUCGAGUGACCAUCUUAUUUUUCUAUGAGUUCAUGUAAUCAUUUCGAAAAAAUUGCUUUCGAUAUAAAAAUUGUAAGUUUUCUAUAAUGCCUUGUUCACACGGUUAUAAAACCCUUUUGAUUUUCGGAGGCAAAAAGAUUUGCUAUUUUGCUUUUAAUGUAAGGUUGCUGUGUGCUGGACAAUUAUCAAUUAUCAUUGAACAAUUAAAGCUCUCUCCUGAAAAUAUCUUAUCCAAAUUUGGAAUCGAGUCAGUUAACAUAACAGCUACAAGGCAUUUUAUUUUUUUGGCCGCAUGUUCAACCGAUAAUAUUCUUACAUAUAUAAAACAUCCCGGUUUUACCCCUUUACCUAUAACAAAUAACGGUAGAUUUAAAUCCAUCAGAAUUGUAUUCGUCCAAUGCCGUAAUUAGUACUAAAGUGAUUACCCCCCCCCCCCCGCUCCUUUAAACGAGUGUCCCUUAAACGAUAAAGUGUUACUAGGAAAGCAGCGGUAAAAUAAGACAGCUUGGUCGGAGUUAAAUUCAUUUUUUGUACUUAUUUAUUGAAUGUAUUUCUUUAUUGCAAGUUCUUUUACUCUUUCCAGUAUUAACGCUCCUUGAUAUGGGAUCAUUCUGAGACCUAACGUUGUGGAAAAAACAACAUUUUAAUGCAGUCUCCCAAUCAUUUCAUUUGGUCUGUUUUGAACAUAUUCAGUUCCAAGAAUUGCCAUGUUAUUCUUUUUUUUUUUCAAUGUAUCGUUGACAAUGUAGAGUUAUCAAUACCAAACGCUUUACAGAUUUCUGUUGUCGACCUAUAUUUUUUAUCAAGUGCCUUAAGCAGCUCCAUAUGGAUUUUAAGCGAAGUAGCAGUCACGAGUUCCAAGCUUUUGUGCACGUAAUCAAAAUAAAAUAAGAAAAAAUAGUACUAACAGUAAAAACAAUAAAAAAUGUGUCCGAAUAUUACAAAAGAUUUAACUACUGCAACACACAAUACCAGACUUCAAUACACACAUCAAUGAUUUCAACGCACACUAUCAAGACUUCAAUAACCCAUCACCCAAUACGAAAACAAACUGAUAAGAUGUUUCUUUAUAAUUCUUGUACCAACGAUAUUUCCACGUAAGAAAAAAAAAAAAUCGUUUUUCUUUUUGAUAAAAAGUUUAAAGAAAUCAGGUAUAAAAAAAAGUAGGUGGGGGGGGGCAUUGUUAUUUAGAUUAGCAUGGUCGUCUCAUCCCAACGGCUCCUUCUUUAGUGCCGGUAUUUCAAAGCCGAGUCUUUCAAACAAAAAACCGCCAUUUUUUUUUAUAUUUCAGCCCCCUUCAUUCUCGCCGUCAGGUGGAUUUAUUGUUUUCAUGCCUAGAAGCGAAAUCUGUUUGUGUUGCACUAUUUUUGCUUCCUGGUCGUAUUAAACAAAAACAAAUAUGACAAUACCUUAUCCUCCUGAGUCCCGAGAGGCAAGUUAGAGUGAAAUCAACUUGACACCUAUUUUAUUGUGCUAUAAGUGAUUCUAAAAGGCUAAAAAACGUUGAAACAAAAAAAUUUGAUUUUGAUAUUUGAUUUAUUUGAUGUGCAGUCCACUGGACAUCGGGAUCCAAAUCAUUUUUUGCAAUACGUAAAAAAACAACAAACAAUUGAUUACAAAACCCAAUCACAAAUCUUGUAGGGUUGAACCUUUGGAUUAUUUCCAUCAAUGUUUUGAUGAACAAUUCUACACAGACACAGACUUUUCACCAAUCUGCAUACUGGUUCCGUUACAGCCGAAGAAAUAAAAAAAAAUUCUUGGAAUUUGCAUGGAGAUUUCUUGCCCGUUGUAUCCCUCAAUACAAAUGUACUGGACAACUUCAAAUAGGGUGCCAAAUAUUGCAGAAUCGAUGGCUCCAACUAAACAGUGUUUACUAUGGUCAAAAAAGGAACACAAUUAUAUAGUGUCCAUUUCUAACAAAACAAUGUAAUCACAACAUGGGAGGUGUCGACUUGUGUGACCGAACGUUGGGGCUAUUACGCUACUUGAGCAAUAAAUUCCAAAUGGUCAAUCAGAGUAAUAUUCCAUAUGUUGGACCAAGCUACUGUAAAUGCAUAGUUUCAAUACUGGGACCGAGAAGACAUGGAGCAACUAAGCCUGAAAAAAGCACUCCUCCAUUUGAUGACGUCACCUUUGAAAAUAGAGAGGAAAAAAAAAGAGUCCCUGUGCCCAAUCCAGGUUUUCAUUAACAAGUUGCCCAUCUCUCUGAUAAUCCAGAUAUUGAUUCAAAUUCUUUUUCAAGAUGUAGCAGAGAAGGAUCUUCAGCUAAAUGCAGGGUGCGCUGUUCAACUAGCAAAGCAUUUUUGUGUUUGGUUUGUGUGUCUAGCAGGCUACACAAGAGGAUCCAAACGAAAAUUAGCUACCAAGUUAGAAUAAGACAGAAAACUAUUGUCCAGUGGGCUGCACGCCUAGACUCAGGAGGUUAAGUAUUUUGUCGGUUUCGCAUUAUUAUUUAGUGUUAAAUCUUUUUCAUGUUUAGAGUUUUCGCGUUAUAAAGUAUUUCACUGUACAUAAAAACAAGUAAUAUAAAAUAAACUCUUUUUAAACACGUACUAGUUUUUUGUACAGUAGUUUACUCAAACUGUUCUUAUCAUGUUUGAUUAAAAUGUUGAUCAUUUAGAAAUAGAAAAUAUUUCCUUUAAAUAAUAUUGUUUGAAUGUUCUAAAAUUGGACACAGUAUUUCUUGUACACAGACAUUCACAAAUGGGAAAGAAACUUGUGCAUUUUAUUUUAGUUCUUUCAUUUGCAAGUCUACCGGCUGUAAGAAGUGGUAAGUCAAAGUGUAUUUAAAAAUGUAAUUUUUGUGUAAAUUUGGAAGAAGUUUGUUUGUUUUUUGUUUUUUUUUUCCAUAUCAAUGUGAGUGAACAUAGAACAAAUACAAAAAAACACAAACAAACAAAUAGCAAACAAACGAAGCAACUAAACUUCACAUGCUUAUUUCUGUCAAGACAUUUUUAUAAUUUUUUUGAAUAUUUUUUUAAUAAAAAUAUUGUUUUUGUAUGUAUAACUUUUAUUGUAAAUACAUGAAAAAUUUAAUUACUUUAUAUAGCAAUUGUUCCCACUUUUCUUAUAUUGGAUAUUGUGUUAAAAGGAACUUAGAGAUGUCUCUAUUUUCUACGUUUUGUUGUUUUCUUUUUUAAUAUACUUUUACUACAUAGAAUAGCAAAGUUGUCUUUCAUUACCUGUACGAUCUUAAUCAACUUAAAGAUUACAUUUUUUUUCAGAAUGCAGGUUGCAAGGGGCAGUUUUGUCUGAAGGUUCAUGUUUCCUGUAUAAUGAAACACUUCUUUCCUUUUCGGAUGCAAAUGUAAUUAUGCUGGAACUUUUGAAUAGCGUCUCUUUGGUCUGGUCAAGUUUAAAAGACAGUAGGGUUUUUUUUAUAAUUCUUAGGUCGGUGCGGUAUAAAUCGUUCCAGGUGUAUUUGAGAAGCCGCUAUUGAAAAACUAUAUGACGUCACAACUUCCAGACUUUACAGAUAAAGAAUGAGAGUCCGUUUCCUGGAGUGGUCCACUUAAAAUAAAUGAAAAGAGAAAGCAAGUCUGGUGUGCCUGAACUCAGACCCGACGUCACUACAUCUAGACUGUCAAAGUGUUUCAAUUCUCUGAGACUCUUCUCGGAGGGUCCAUGUGAUAUGAAUGAGAAGAGAGAUUUAGUGUGUCUGAACGCAAAUCAGGCCCUAUACGUAGAAAUACUAUAAAGAAAUAAAAUACUUAAAGGGUUAAUUGUGUGCAUGUGGACAGUAGAUGAGGCGGACAGUAAAUGACCCUGAACGAAAUAAUAUUACGAUAGUUUUUGUUAGUUUUCUUGCCAGUGAUAUGGUUAGUAUAUAUGAUUCAUUGGCUAACUUUGUUAUUUGACCUCACAAUACUAAAGGGAGCACUUAAAAUAAAGGGUAGGGAAAUAAAUAUAACUGCAGCUAACUUUGUGUCAAGUGUUUUGUGUACUGGUGUGCAGUGUGUUUCAAAUGCCACAUCCUACACUUCGGCAACGUGGACACCCAAAUCAAUUAUUUACACAUGUCUAACUUUCGCCUUUAACAGCUGUGCGUGUCGUAAAAUUUAAAUUAUAAAAAAAAAGUUUUUUUUUUUUUCGAAAAUUAGGUGCUUUCAAAAUGCAUAGCUGAAUGACUGUAGGCUUCUGCCUCAGAGAACUGAGUUGAUGUGUUUCGGUUUGUGUGUGGUUUAUUAUCUCCCCUUUUUAUAACUUUUGUUUUCAUCCCGAUAUCUUCCUAAUAAAAGUGAAACAGAAAUGGAAAAAAAAAAUUCACACAAAAAACCAGCAGCAAAACUCUCUUGAGUAAGAUUACUGUAGAGCUAUGUGGUUUAAUUAAGACAUAAAAUUAUGAUUUCAAUAUAAUAUAUGUCCACUAUAGGCUGUAUGCAAAUCACAAGGUGGAGUUCUGGCAAAGCUCACGUCAAGGAAUCAGUUACUUGAAGCAACCGAACAGACAAUAAGCGGUAAGUCAUUGAGUAUAAGGAAAUAAACUAUCCUUCUGCCUUCUUCGACCCAAAAGUACUCACAAUGAGGUACAGCUCGUGAUCUACCACAAGGCGUGUGGCCUGCUUAACAAUAAAGUUGUAUUAACGCAGUAACUUGAGCCCAUGCUCUUGUAACAUUUCAAUGAGGAUGGUCGAAAUCAUUUUCAACAGCUAGCCAAUCCUAUUCAUUUUUAUGUCGGGUAUUAUAUUACCUAAUUAAAAAGGCACCACAUUGGUUUGUGGGAUUCGAUAGCCUUUGGUUGCACUCAUCUAAGAGAAGGAAUCUCUGAAUUUCAACCUGUAGCUUGAGGCCCGUAAGUGGAUAACAUGAACAAAAUGAAAAAUUAUGGCAACUCCUACGGUGCAAAUUGGUGCCAAUAUGUAUCAUCAACAUAUUGUUCUCCCGUCGGUUAUCCAUGGAAUAUAAUGUGUUAAUUAACAUCUAAUUUAUUUCAUAGUACAUUUUAGUUGUCUUUUUAGUUAGGCUAUUUAGUACCAGAGUGCAAUGAUAACUGUAUCUUGUUCUCUAUCAUUUUCUCAGUCCAUGUUUCCUUUCUUUUUUCACAAAAUAUUGCAAAUGACACAAAAUUAUAUAAGUGUUUCCGACUUGAUCAUUGGAGUGUGUUACUGCUGUUCAGACUGUUAAGGUCUGCUGUCUUGCUGGGAAAGAUUGGAUGUCACCAAACAGACUAAAAUUAAAUGAUGAUAAGACUGAGGCAAUUGUUUGUGUUUCAGACGCCAAUCUUCUGAAAAUUACCAUUGCAAUAAAAAAAGUUGGUGAAUCAGACAUGCCGUUGUCCUCGACUGUCAGAGACCUUGUCUUUUAUAUUGACAGUAAACUUAGUAUGACUUCCCAUAUCAGUUCUGUUGUCAAGGCAUGCGUCUGUCAUCUACGCGCCUUGGGUCAGCUGCGUUCUCAACUCAAUAAGAGAACAGCCAAUGAUGUAGCAGUAACUCUAAUCCAGUCAUGAUUGGAUUCCGUAAUAUUUGUUUGUGGGGUUUGCCUCAGAACCAAAUUCAAAAACUAAAAAAUAUACAAAAUACUGCAACACCCUUUGUAUCGUGGAUGAAUAAAUCUGAAAACAUCACCCCACUUCUACGAGAUCUCCAAUGGGUUCCUGUGAGUAAGCGCAUUAACUACAAAAAUCCUGUCCCUGACGUACAGCUGCAUAUAAGGCUUUGGCUAGAACCGAAAUAUAUCAAGGAACUGAUGUAUAAACAUGUACCCCUGAAGAGCCUGGGGUCUUCAACACAGAACUUACUGAGUGUUCCUAGUUUGGAUGAACACAGAAAAAAAGUCGUAAGGAGUGCCCUCUUUUGAAGAGAUAUCGCCAAAAUUAUGGAACAGUUUGCCUCAAUCUUUGAAGGAAAUUAUAAAUAAUAAAAAAUCAUAUAAGAAAGAGUUAAAACCUUUUUUGUUGAAAUAGAUUUCGGACGACCAGAGCGCAGUGAGCAUGCCAAAGUGGCAUCGAUGCCAGCACGAUAUAAAUAUCAAUCAAAUCAAAUCUUUUUUUUUAAAUUUGUCCAUAAAUUGUAUCUGCAAGCUUUGACUUGGUAACUGACAACUCAUGGGUCGUCAAGCUUCCUUGGCAUAAUUUUCUUACAUGCCAUCAGUAAUUAUAGGGUUGAUUUAUUUUUCUUUAAAAAAAAAAAGAAAAGGAUUAUCAUUAAUUCAAUCACAAUUUCUUUCUGUAAUGCAUUGUUUACUGACCAAUUUCUACAAAUUGUCCGUUUUAUUCACGUAAUCUGCAUGUCAUGUUAUUUUAACUUUUAAACAAAUCAAGUUGAUCGUUUUUUUUAGUCCUUUGUAAAUAUUCAAUUUCAAACAAACUUAAACAGCCUUGACUUUUAAGUAAUGAAGUCUCAACAUGACCCAAGUUAUUCAUGAAAAGUUUUAAAAUUUCCCAAAAUUUUUAAAAUUUGGCGAUACCGAUAUUUGAUGUUGACACAUCUUCUAGACAUUAAGUAAAAAAAAAAUAUCCGGUCAUCUAUCUCUUUUUUUUCUCUUUCUCUUCCUUUCUCUUCUUCACUCCCUCCCUCUUUCUCCCUCUCUUCCCCUCGCUCAACAGACGAUAGACAAAUUGACUAAGAUCUUAUCUGAGACAGCUAAAGUCCAUCGACAACCUUCGUCCCAAUUCCUCCAUUUUACACAAGCUUUUCUUUCUGCGUCAUUGGUUCUUUGUUAAUUGAUGAACAUAUUCUGUUAAGCUUUCGCUCACAAAAUAUUAUUAUUAUCCUAAACUCAACUAAAACAUUUGAAUAAAUACAUUGGCAUUCCAGGAGACAUCUUCUGGAUCGGAGCCAAAUACGAUACUGUAAAGGGAAACUGGAUUUGGGAAUAUGACAAUACUGUUGCCGCAGAGUUAUCCCAGUUUUGGGGAGCCAGUCAUCAAGACCAAGAAUGUGCGCAAUUCUACGUAAAGUCUGCAACAGAGAAGGAACUUUAUGAUUUAAAAUGUUCAGAGCAAUAUGCAUUUCUGUGCAUGUUUGACGGUAUUUCUUGUAAAUGUCCUUUUACAUCGGUUUAGGAGAUAUAUUGUCAACGUGCAUGUAAAGAAUGAGACACAUACGCAUCGGUGUUUAAAUGAGACACAGUCACAACAGUGUCACUAUUAUAAUUAUAUUCAGUUUCAUUAACAAACGAAUUAAUCCGAAUUUCAAAACAAACCAACUAUUUUCAAUGUUACCCUUGAACAUAUUAUUCAACGUUCAAUGCAAUUUAAAACAAUGGAAUUUAUAACAAAGACAUCACAUGGAAGUAAACCUGAUAAAUAUUCACAAAGACACAACAUGGAAUAAACAUAAUAUUUGAUAUAAAACACAUCAAUUAUUGCUAGCAAACUAUGAACAUCAUAUGAAACAUAGUAAAAAAAAAUAACAAAAAAAAAUCAGUAUACCAUAAAAUAUUUGUGAUCACAUAAAUUUACUAAUUUUCACUAGAAUGGUGGCUUUGUUUACAGCUGUAUAUCUAUUUGCGGUUGUAUUUACCAAACACCUGAUUUUUCAUUUUUAUAAAACAAUUCCGCAGUGUAAAUGUAAAUGAGAUUAUCUACGUCCAAAAUAGUAAAUGUCGGAUACGUUCAGAAAGAUUCCUUUUAAAUUAAGCAUAUUUCUUUUUUUUAAAAUCAAAUUGACAGAUCUGAACACAACUCAAGAUACGACUCUGAAGACUUUGAAGCAGACAAGUCUGGUGACGUCUGCAGUCGAAAGUUUUAUGACUACUGUCAACACGACUACCGAAACUAACACCAACGCGAUCUUAUCUUCCACUCCAACUUCGAAAGUUCCCAUAACCACUUUAAUGAAUAGUGGCGAAAAUUUUAUCAAAUUUACCAUCCCACUGCUUUUAAAUCUGUGCUUGUUAAUGUUAAGUUGAUUGAUUUUAAUUCUUAAUUUUUUGUUAUAUUGGAAAAUGAAAUGAGCAAAACAAAGUAUGGACAAACCUGGCAAAAAGUAGGGGAAAAAGGUUGACAAAAAGCCUUUUUUAGCGAAACAACAACGUUAAAAAUAAAAGAAUAUACACUUAAACACAACGUAGUAUCAAAAAGGACAGAAACAGGACCAUAACAAAACAUAUGUAGUUGUGUUAUUACAUAUAUCAAAAUCCGAGACCUAUGAGGAAAAUUAAGUCCGUUGUUAUUAAUCGUAACGAGUAGGGGCCUAGAAAAUUUGAUCAAAAUAAUGAGAACAUGGAAUUCAUGCCAAUCGGUGUCAUAAGUUUGAAUCAGCUGAUAUGACAAAUUCUCUCGGUUAGGGGUGUUCGUACAAGACACUUUGGCGAUGAUACCAAACUUUUGUGAAAUCUUGUCAUUU